CAACGUCAAAUGCACAUGUAAAUAUUUACAUUUUACAAAUUGUGUACUGUGAACUCCGAAAAAUCAACAAAAAUGAGUUUUAAAAAUUACAAAGAAAAGAUUGACGAGGGUGAUACAGUGAUUCUUUAUCUAAGCAACAAUCUCCAUGCUAUAGAAGUAAGACCAGAAAUAAAGAAUAAAAAAGGUGAUAUGGUUGAAAAUGUUUACCAAACAACUUUUGGUGCUUUAAAGGUUAGAAAUCUCAUAGGAUCUGAAUAUGGAAGCAGAGUGGAAUUAUCAAAAGGCUGGGGUCAUGUUCUGCAACCAACGCCAGAGCUUUGGUCCCUCACUUUGCCACACAGAACACAGAUAAUAUACACCCCGGACAUUAGUAUGAUACUCCUGCAGCUAGACUUGGUUCCCGGAUCUAUUGUUGUAGAAGCUGGGACAGGCAGUGGGUCGCUAACCCAUGCUCUAAUCCGCCGCGUACGCCCGCACGGUCAUGUCUACACGUUCGAUUUCCACGAUCACAGGGCAAAAGUUGCUCAAGAGGAGUUUGAAGAGCAUGGACUUGCGGAAUUUGUUACGGCGCAACAUAGGGACGUGCUUGCGGAAGGUUUCGGAGCCGACCUAAAUGGGAAAGCUGAUGCUGUCUUCUUGGACUUACCGAAACCCUGGGCUGGAGUUACCCAUGCUGUCAAUGCUAUCAAAGAUGAUGGAGGUCGAUUCUGCUCGUUCUCUCCGUGCAUCGAACAAGUCCAGCGCACAUGCUCGACGCUCGCACAGAACGGUUUCCAAGACAUCAGCACCAUGGAAGUGCUGCAGAGUGAACUGAAGGUCAGCAGGAGAACGAUUCCAGUGAGAGAUCUCUCCUUCUUGAAACACAAGGGCUCUGAGAACCCCGUAGAAGAGAAGCCGAGCAGUGACAAAAGCUACGUAGUAGGCGCCUGGCCGGCCAGCACUCCUGGCCACACGGGCUAUCUCACCCUGGCCACCCUGCCGCCGAGCUUCGUACGAAGGAAAACAAAAUCAGCAAAUUCAGAAAAUUCUAAUGAAAACACAAAUGUAGAAGACAAAAGUAAUUCUGAAGAGGCAAUGGCGGUUGACGAAAAUAACUUGUGACAUUUAUAAUUUACUGUAUUAAAUAAAACAAAAUAAAUGUUAAUGUA